UUUCUAUUCUAGGUAGACGCCAUUUAAGGUGUGCACAAAGGCCAGCGGCGCUGAGCGUCGGUCCAGAGACGACGCCGAACUUAUAUAAGAGCGUCAGGCGCUCAACAAAAAUCAGUCGAGGGUGUUUAUUGGAGAUUUGAACAUCAUACGACAAAAUGGCGGAUAAAGAAAAGAAGGUUAAGAAGAAGAAGAAGGAAGAGUCUGGCGAUGCCCCAGCUGCCGCUCCAGCCGCCGAGACCAGAAGCUCCAGCAAAAGCUCCUCCAAGAGGGCUAAGCGUUCUGGCUCCAAUGUCUUCUCCAUGUUCUCCCAGGCUCAAGUAGCUGAGUUCAAGGAAGGUUUCCAACUUAUGGACCACGACAAAGACGGCAUCAUUUCCAAACCCGAUCUUAGGGCCACCUUCGAUGCCGUUGGCAAGCUCUCCAACGAGAAAGAACUCGAUGAGAUGCUCAACGAAGCCCCUGGACCAAUCAACUUCACCCAACUCUUGGGUCUCUUCGGUACCCGCAUGGCUGACUCCGGCGGUACUGAUGAUGAUGAGGUCGUCAUCGCUGCUUUCAGGUCCUUUGACGAGGGUGGUACCAUUGACAGUGAAAGGUUCAGACAUGCUCUGAUGACCUGGGGAGACAAGUUCACCGCCAAAGAAGUCGAUGAUGCCUUCGACGCCAUGGAAAUUGAUGACAACGGCAGGAUCGACACCCAAGCCUUGAUCACCCUCCUCACCGCCGCCCAAGAAGAAGGUGAAGGUGAAGGUGAAGCCGCCUAAACACCCGACGACACCCUCAUCAAUAAAUGAAUAUCAUCUCAUUCAAAUCUCAUCUAGUCUUAUGACUCACGGGUCAUAAUCCAUCCAAACUGCAACUUUAUUCAUCAUUAUAAUCGUUCGUGGUUCAUACAGCCACUAUGAGUGAACAAAGAUUCCACUUGAACUCAAACGUCUUAUAAAAGUGUAUAAUGUGUAUUCAGAUUGGAAAACGUGUCGCGUGUCCCGAACACCACCAAGGGACACGCAAAAUAAAAUCAUUAAUUUUA